UAUUCAAUUAGUUUGUCUUCGAAACACUGGAUUACAGCAUCGCAAUGCAAUUGCGGUUGCGAUUAUUAUUGUUAGCCCUUACCACUACAAUCGUCAAAGAAUCAAAGCCUGCGCAUGCCAAUGUGCUCUUCCGCUUUGCAUUGGAUUUUCAUGUAAUAUCUGGCGAUUCCUCUGAGGAUGAAGGUGUUAUUAAUAAAACUUUAAUAUUUGAAAAUAAUCGUGUUACCGUGAAAAAUAACCUCCAUCCUGAUGAGCCGCUAGAAGAAGAACUUACAGCACGCCCCAAUGAGUUGGCUUUAGCCACAACCACGGCUGGGCCGCUCCUCGAGCCAAUGAAUGACCUUUGGUUGCAGCAGCAGAAUCUCAUCGACCCAACUGAACAGAAAUUGAAGGAAAUCGUAGAGGCAUUGACCAAGCUAAAUGAGGAGAUAUGGCCAGUCGUAGGACGCAGUGAUUUUGUGUCGUCGAAGGUGAAAAUGAUCAAUCACUACAUUAAUAUUCUGGAUGCUUCCGCAGCUGAGGCACUCAACUCGAACACCACCACCACCAACCCCGCCAACAAAUUCGAAUAUUUGCGAAAAUUUUUAAAAUUAGCGGAUAAGCUUAAGGAACCGCCUGGCGGUGUUAAUGGCGGAAAGCGCAGUAUGGAGUAUAUGGUGAUGAAAUUGGAACUGGACAAGUAUCAAAUCGGAAAAUUGCAGGCUGAGGUUGAAGCCCAGGUGGCUGCGUGUGAGAGAGCGUGGCAAAAUUAUGUCGAAUCGAAAGUGGUUGAAGUAACAAUUUGACGAAAUGACAACGCCAUUGGUUACAUAUAGCAUUUAAAAGUUGAUAGAUUAUAGCUGGCCAAAUGAAGGGACUAAAUUUUAGGUUGCGGAAGACAACCAAAUAACUGCAAAAAUUAUUAUGUUCUGUAGCGUUUAUAUGCAUUUAACAUACGUACGUAUGUAUUGUAUAUGUAUGUAUUUAAGUGUGUUAAAAAUAAAACAGCAUAAAAACCCCAUUGUUCCUGUAAACUGAA